AUGGAAAGAAGAAUGGCACCGGGUCAGGACACACAGUUGGAGAAAGUCAUUGGUGAGGUGUUGAAGAGUGGGGAUACCCGCGCACUGGAUGUAUUCUUGCAAAGGGAAAUACAAGAAGGCACCUCUUUUAACUGUUCUCAACACUUUCUUACUAAAUUGGAUAAACUUGUACACAAGUGUUUGGAUCAAAAAGAUGCCAAAUCAGCUAGUCUGGUUCUGGCUAUCAUCUCCAAAUGUGGGGACAACCUGAAACUACCUGGCGGUGGCCAAGGGCUCUGUGGGAUAAUAGGUCGAGGCCUUAUCAAAAAGAUGGUACAGUGGUUUGAGAAAUGCAGGCAGCUGUGGAUCCAGGGUGGCCCACAGUGGGAUGAGCCUUUGUUCAACCUUUCUGAGGAUUUCUUUGAUGCCCUAACGGCGGUACAUGAAGCAUCUAAAGAGGGAACAUACAACAUCACUGAGUCCUUCCUGUAUCCUGUUGGUCAAUUGGGAAUUGACCCCAGAAUCUACAUCCUGAUCCAGAAGGAGGCAAUCCGUAAAUUUAAUCUAAUUCUGGACAAAAUUCCAGUGGAGCUCAAGAAAGAGAGGAAGAUGCUCACAUCACAGGAGGCCUCGGAUAUUAUGGUCAAGCUGGCUGGUCGGAUAUUGGAGGGUGGUGAUUACGACUUGCAGACAGCCCUGACCGAGGCAUUGUGCAGAAUGGCCACUCCUAUCCAGAGGAGGGAGCUGGCAAGUCGAUGGUUCAGCAUGGAGCAUGUGGCCAGUGCCUUUGCCAAGAUCAGUGAUUCUGAGUUUGAGACGGAUUGUCGCAAGUUUCUGAAUUUGGUGAAUGGGAUGCAGGGAGACAAGAGAAGGGUGUAUUCCUACCCGUGUUUGGAAGUGUAUCUGGACAAGCAUGAGCUGCUGAUGCCCGCUGAUGAGAAACUGGAGGAAUUCUGGAUCGACUUCAACCUUGGCAGCCACAGCAUCUCCUUUUACUUCUCUUUGGCCGAUGGAGACGGAGAGGAGUGUCAGUGGGAUACGAUCUGUAUCAAUGAGAAUGAACUCCAAAGCUACACUGUUAAAGAGGAAGGCAAGAGGAAAGUCUUGCAGUUAAACCUGUCAGAGGUGGUGAUGGUUGGUGGGGUUGAAGGAUCAAGUCUUACCAUCCACUUCAGCUCCUCACUGGACAUCCUGCAGGCUGCUCGUAGCAUCUAUGGACAAACCAAAAACACAAGCUUUGUAGGGAAGACGGGCACAUCCGUGGUGAAGACUACAGUUAAAAUCAUCAUUGAGGAGAACAGCUCCCAGCAGGUCGUCCCAGAGAGCCAGGUGUCCCUUGGUGAAAGUCAGAAAAGCACCGCCCCCUAUCUUUUGCCUGCUCCGACCGCACCUGUACAGAUAUUGACCCCUGCCAAUAUGAAGAUUUCAGAGUCCACCACCUUCAUAUGCAACAGUGCAGGAGGAAGUGUGCACAGUGCUGGCUCUCUCUCUGCUGUUAUGCAAAACACUCUAUCCAAGGGUAAAGGGAACCCAUCUUUGCUGAGAAGCGUGGCCUCCAAGAAGGGGGAUAACACCAAUGUUGACAAACAAAAAAAGAACACACCUUUGGAAAAAGCAGUAGAUAAAGUUCAAACUGGACAGCGAGAAGAACAGUCCCUGGAGGAUAAUUAUGUGCCUGACACCCAGCCCACACAUGUGAAACAAAUUUCUUCUAACUGGGGCAGACGGUCUGUUUCUGAAAUGCUAGCGAUGACCACACAGAAAGUAAAAACUCUGCAAAGACCUGAGCCUCAGUCAAGUUUGUCACACCAGCAGGAGCGCUCAUCCAUAGUGCUGAGAGGGUCAGUACCAGACUCAGGCCCAAUCAGCCAAAAGCAGCUCCAUACAAAGCUCACCCAGCGCCUGCAGAAGGUCCUCAGUGAGAGAUUCCAAGAUGGUGCACCUCAAGAGGCAGCUGCACCUCAAGGGAAAAUGUGUGAUUUCAACAGGCACUCAAAAAGCAGAAGCACUGCAGACCAGUGUUCUUCCACUUUAUGUGCUCAUCAAGUGCAGCAGACCCAGAGAACUGGCUCAGGCAAAGUCAAGACUAAAGGCCAGAUGUCACUGGAGGCAGAUGCUGCUCCACACAAAGCUCCAGUCGAGGCCCUCAACACUACAUCACUGCAGGAGAGAGUAACACCCGACAUCACGGCUGAUACUAACAGGGCUCUCUCAAGCAAAGAGAAGAGAGAUGCAAAGGUUGCAAAAAGCAUGGUGAAGCUCAUCUCUAGCCAUUAUGAGACUAACACUCAAUCCACAGCCAAAAAUAAAGCAGAGAAUAUCCAAGAGAGCCAGAUUCCUCCUCUUGUUAACAGGCCAAUCUUCAAUAUGAACUGGUAUUCAACUGGUAAAAAAGACACAUCCGGAGCUUUGAGCAUGAUGAAAUCCCAGAGUAAAAGAGCAACAAACUCUUCCAGAAAGGACAUCUUUGCAUUCAACCUUGAUAAACCAUUGACUAUUGGGGGAAAGGAAAAACCACUCAAUAACACGUAUGCUUCAUCAAGCAGUGACAUCCUUGACUCAAGACCCCACAGCACAACCAAGAAAGGACAACCUGUGACAAAAGAGAAGAAGCACGUGAAAAAGCAUUUGUUUAGUGACACAGACACAGACCAUGCCAUGACAGAGGUCAGCUGGCUGAGGGAGUCGAGCAGGAAACCCAAACCCAAAGUUACCAAAUAUUCAAGGCAGGCACCCAUCAAGCCUAGGGCGGAGUCACCUCAAACUUCAUGUGAAUCAUCACAUUUGCCUCCUCCCUCCCCAAAGCCUGUCAAGGGUUACACCAAACCAAAUAAUAAGCACAACGUGAAGGAGAGCGUGGAGCAGCCAAAGAAGAUGGUGAAGCCAGCAGCAGAAGCCCCCAGCAGACCACAUGCAGCAGGCAGGAGGCCCAAGAGAGCUGCAGCCACCUCUACCAAGAGCUACAGGGAACCAGAUACUGACGACAGCCAGUCAGAUGCAGAGAAGCCUCUUGCUCAUAUGGCAAAAUACUUCAGAGUAACUUCUUACUGUGCCUCUGACCAUCUGGAGAACACUGAGAAAACUCAUGAGGCUGCUCAGGUGAUGAAGAAAAAGUCUGCCACCAAACAACCAGCCAAAGGCUCCCUGAAACGAGAGAACAGUCGUCUCAGCAGCCGCUUUGAUAUCGAGUCAGAACAGCCAUCUACUUCCAAGCAGCAGAGGCCUGAGAAUGUUCUUCAAGUCACUUCAAAGUUUAGUAAGAAAAAAACCAACCCCGUUCAAGAACAGAAGAAUACAUUAAAGGAGUCGAUGGCUGCUCGCCACGACUCCUUCUGUCAGUCGCCUCCUUUCAUGGAGAGGAUGAGAUCUUGCGAGAGGUCAGCCCCAACCUUGGAUUUUAGCUUCUCCCCUCUUGUCUGCCCGCGGGGAUCUCCACUCCCUGCCUCCCCUGACCCUGCCUGCCAGGACACCCCCUCGCCAAUCCUGCGGCUACCUAAACCUUACUCUACAGUCAGCAGUAAUGGAAACUUCAAGCCCACCUCUCACUACAGUGGAGAAAAGAAGCGCAGCACAUCCAUGACUCAAUCCAUCCAGUCUGCCGCCUCUCUCAUCUCAAGGAGACAUCAAAACGCUGCACCCAAUCCUCCCAUUGGGCCGCGUGCAGCAAAGAUCAGUCCAAAUCAGCAGUGUCUCUCACCAGCACCUCAGUCUCCUUCGCCUGUGUUCACUCAACCCCUGCUGACUUCUACAUUCUUUGAGCUGGAUAAGCCAUCCUUGCCCUCUCCUCCACAGUCACCUUUCCCUGAAGACAACAAUAGCAACCUAUAUGGCAUCAGUAAAGUGUCUUCAAUAUCCAGAGUUUCACUCAGCCAAUCGUCCACUAAGUCAUCAUUGCUCACUGGCAGGGUUAAGGAAAGCCCCAGGGCUGCUCUGACUGUGUGUCACAAAACAGAGAAAACACCACUCUCAGACUCUGAUGUGGAGCCAGAACCGCCUCUUAUGUCAGGACCCAGUCGCAAGCGGCACGUCUCCAAAUCCAGUAAUUCUGAGGAAGAAGAGAAGGAAGAGAAGAUGAAAAGCAAGAUGAGAGCGCAGCGUGGUCCUCAGAUGAAGCCAAGGAAGUUGUUCAAGUCCAUCAUUGAUUUGUCUGCUGGAGGUGAGGUGAGCCAGGUCAUGUCCUCUUCCCACACGGUGAGCUCCACUCAAUGGGAGGCCGAAGAGGGCAGUGGAGACGUGGACAUGGAUGAAGAUAUGGAGUUGCCUGGAAUUGCUUUUAACCAGAGUAACGUGUGCCAGCGAUUCAGCUCUGAGCUAAAUAAGAAGUUCCAGAACCGUUGCAAGAUGGUGGAGGUUUACAACAAGCAGUCGCUGAAGACUGUCCAGCAACACGUGUCCUCCUUCAACAUACAAGUCACCAAACACAGGACACAGAGGCUUGAACAGGUUCAGAAGGUCCUUUUGGAAGAGAUCCACAAAUUGGAGCAGGAUGACACAGCACUCAGGAACAUGGAGAAGGACCUGACAGUUUACUGGAAAAAACAGGCUGUGGCUUUCCAUUCUUACCAGGAGCAGGAAACCAGGAGAAACGAGAGUCUGAAGAAAGCCUUCCAGAGCAACAUGUGUCACAGCUUGGAGUACGAGGAGAGCGUGUUCACAUCCCAGAUGUGUCUGAUGAGGAAAGAUAUGAAGUCGGUUCAGGACAGACUCCUGAGUGAGAUGCAAGUGGGGGAGAUCCAGAGUGUGAAGAAAGGUCUGCAUGCUUUGUUCUUCCCGUGAAGGAGCCAG